AUGCAGAUGGGUUUCUGCAAAGAUCUAUCACCCAUCAAGUACAUUAAUUACCAACAUUUUAGAGAAGAAUGUUUUGAGAGAGCUCAUUUGCUAGACCUUCUCUACCACAUGGUUGCACCAAAGCUGCAACUUGUACCUGAUUGUGAGCAGGAGGAGCCAAAAGCGGACGAAGAGAUUGGCUGGUUUAAAAAGGCCUUGAAAUCAUUCUUGGCAGCACUACUUUAUAUUAACUUGGCACCACUCCGCCUUCUCAAUAAACUAUUCAAAUCAAAGGCAGUCAUGCUUUUAGUUACACUGCCAGUUACAAUCAUCUCAUAUGUUUUUCAUCUUAAAAACAAAGGUGAUAUAAACAGUCUAAUAUCAUCGGUAGGGAGUAUGGCCGAAGAGGUGGAAAGUGCAUCUCAUGAGAUGAAAGACGAAAGUCCUUUGGUCGAAGAGAUUGCAAUCCCAAGUGUGACACAACUCCAUAAAAUUGGUGUCAAAUUUCAUCCAACAAAGGGAGGCUUGGGAUCUAUCAAUUUCGACAAGUCUUGUGGUAUAUUUUACCUUCCGGUUAUUCAUUUGGAUGAUAACUCGGAAGUUGUGCUGAGGAACCUCGUGGCCUAUGAGGCAUGUAUUUCACCGGAGGUGAUGGUUUUUACACGAUACAUGGAAUUGAUGAAUGGAAUAAUUAAUACGGAGGAAGAUGUGAGAAUUCUUCGAGAGGCAGGGAUCAUCUUGAACCACCUUAAAAGCGAUAAAGAAGUGGCAGCGCUCUGGAAUGGCAUGACGAAGUCUGUGAGGGUAACGAAAGUUCCAAUUCUCGACAAGGCCAUUAAAGGUGCAAAUACUUAUUAUUCGGAGAGUUGGAAGGCCAGGAUGAAUGUGGUCAUGAAAAAGUAUAUAUGUGGUUCAUGGCCAUACCUUACGCACGUUUUUAGCUGUUAA